AUGUUUAGAUUUAAAAUGAGGGAUCCCAUAACUAAACAAGCAUACAUCCUAAUGAGCCACGUAAAAGACACAAUGAACGCAACUUUUGUUGAAAGAUGGACCAACAUAUGGGGUUCGUAUAACGCCACAGAGGGAAAAUAUGACGGCAUGUUUGGAGAUCUACAGUCAGGAAUUUCAGAAAUAGGGGGUACCCCUGGAAUUUUAAGAACUGAGCGAGUCAGAGUCGUGGAUUUCACCACUCACGUAGCAAGGACGAAGGGCUAUUUCUUUUUCAAAGCUCCACCGUUGAGCUACACUAAAAACAUUUACAAACUCCCGUUCCAAUCAGACGUGUGGGCAGCAACAUUUGUUUUUUUAGUCCUUCUUCUAAUUGUCACUUACGUAAUUGUCAAAUGGGAGUGGACCGACCCGGUAUUCAAGACUAAAAUGGUGGACCGACAGGAAACCCUUAUGAAGUCGAACAUUAUCGAAGUAGGUAUAGAAGAGAUUGCUGCGUUGACGCAACAGGGAACUUCUGUGGAGCCGAAAAGUUUGGCUGGCAAUAUCGCUUUACUGGUGGGGUUGUUUUCAGUUAUGUUUUUGUAUUGUGCCUAUUCGGCCAAUAUUGUCGCAUUGAUACAGUCAAGAAGCGAAACUUUGAACACCGUCGAAGAUCUACUCAAUUCUAGAAUUAAACUUGGUGUUAGCGACAUUAGUUGGGUCAAAUCCAUAUUCAAGCAAGAGGCCGAUCCCGUCAAGAAAGCACUGUACGAACAAAAGAUCGUUCCGAAGGGUGAACAGCCCCACUUUGCCCCAUUAGAAGAAGGAAUAAUAGGCGUGCGUAAUGAUUUCUAUGGAUUUUUUGCAGAAACUUCUUUAGCCGCCGAAGUGAUCUCGAGAACCUACCACGAAUGGGAGAAAUGUCAGUUGCGAUACAUACGAUUUUUUAAUUUUCCUUAUGCAACGAUACCUAUCAGAAAAAAUUCAUCUUAUGGUGAACUAGUCAAAAUUGGACUAAAGAGGAUGAGAGAAAACGGCAUUCAGCUAAGAGAAGAACAGUUGUUAUUCAACAGAUCAGGUAAAAUGAGGGACGCGCACACAAAGUGGACUUGCGCCGUGGUGGAAGGCAUUGGCGCGUGUUAA